AUGAUCAUGUUGCAUAAACCAGCAUGGUGUUGGGGUGCUGAAAUGGGAUCGAAUGAAUAUGGAGUUUGUAUAGGUAAUGAUGCUGUCCACACAAAAAUUGCAUAUGAUUCAAGAGAGCCAGCCUUAAUAGGGCUUGACAUUGUACGCUUGGCCCUUCAACGUUCAAAAACAGCUGAGGAUGCCAUGAAAACUAUAUGUAAUUUGGUUGAGACUUACGGUCAAGGAGGAUCGUGUUUUGAUGUUAGUGCUAAUCUUCCGUAUGGUUAUGAUAAUAGUUUUUUGAUCGUUGAUCGAACUGGUGGGUGGAUUGUUGAAACAUGCGAUCGUGUAUGGGUUGCAAAAAAAUUAACAGAAGGUUAUCAUAGCAUCUCCAGCGUAUUAACAAUUGGUGUCGAUUACGAUUUAACAUCAAAAAAUUUGGAGACAUUUGCAAAAGAAAAACAUUUAUGGGACGGUUCUGGAAAAUUGAAUUUUGCAAAAACUUUCCAAGGUCCAAGUCCAUGUACAGAUUUACGACUAGAAAAUGGACGAAAAUUGCUUGAAAAAACCACAGUGAAUAAUAAAUUUUCGGUUCUUGACAUGAUGGAUAUACUAAGAGAUGAACAAAGCGGAAUAUGUAUGUCUGAUAAAGGAGAUAUGUUUCGUACGACAAGUUCGCAGAUAUCCGUACUGAAAACAGGAAAUGAUAAAAAUAAAUUUUUACAUUGUCAUUUUUUUACCGGUACUCCUAAUCCUAAAAUAUCGUUAUUCAAACCGUUUAUAUUUUCUAAACAAGCUGAAAUUGGCAUAUUAACCAUUUCUCCUCCUAUCGAAAUUGAGUCAACACGCGCACAUCCGUUGUACGUAACACAUCGAAAUUUGACACAAGAACAAUUGAAUGAAGUAAAUUUAGAUGAAUUUGAACGAGAAGGUAUUAAAGAAAUUUUAUCGAAAUUGAAAAAUGAUGACGGAGAUGAUAAAAUUGAAGAUUUAUCAACCUUGUUUCAUGAUGCGGUUUUGGCUGAAAUGGAAUUACUAAAUCAACACUGA